AUGUCCUCCCUCAAACCACUCACCCUAUGGUCCCACGCUGGCGGCCCCAACCCCUGGAAAGUCGCCAUCAUCCUCAACGAACUCGACGUCCCUUACGAGAACAAAGUCCUUCACGACAACAAGAACAAGGAGAAGCCAUACACCGACCUGAACCCCAACGGCCGCUUGCCAACAAUUGAGGACUCCAACACCGGCGCCAAGAUCUGGGAAUCCCUCGCUAUCAUCCAGUACUUGGUCGACACCUACGACAAGGACAACAAAUUGUCCUAUGCGUCUGGCCCUGAGAAAUACGAGCAGCUGCAAUGGCUAGCAUUCCAAGCCUCCGGCCAAGGUCCGUACUUUGGGCAGGCGACGUGGUUUCAGGUGUUUCACCCGGAGAAGCUGCCGAGUGCGAUUGAGCGUUACCAGAAUGAGAUUGCUCGUGUUAACUGGGUGUUGGAUACGUAUUUGCAGGAUCAUGAGUACCUCGUUGGUGAUAAGGUCACCGUAGCGGAUUUGGCGUUCGUGACAUGGGCGAAUAUUGGUGCCCACAUGGAUGGAGGGAAGACCAAGGAAAAGAAUCUGACAAAGUAUGAUGCGUGGAUGGCGAAGCUGAAUGAGCGGCCGAGCGUGAAGAAGGCGUAUGCUGAUCAGGCGGAGGCUAAGGAGGGGAAGUGGAAGUGGAAGCCCUAG